GCCUCAGUGAGUCACAGCUCCCUCGGUGUCAUGGCGGCAGUGCGCAGCUUACGGGUGUCACUGAAAUCCGACAGCGGCUCGGACCGCUCGGAAUCCGACUCAGAAUCCGAGUCGGACCGGGACGCCCGCGACGCCGAACCGAUGGAGGUGGAGGAGGGAGAGCUGGAGGUGGAGGACAUCUCCGUUAACCGCUCUCUGAAGGAGCUGCUGCCGGACACCAGUCGACGAUAUGAGAACAAGGCUGGAGCCUUCAUCACUGGCAUCGAUGUCAACUCUAAGGAGGCGAUCGAGAGGAAAGAGAAGCGAGCGAGACGUUUCCAUUUCCAGAGCGAGGACAGCGUCGUCCAGAGGAAUGUUUUCUUGGACAAAGACGCCAUGAAGAAAGCCAUCCCCCGGCUGCGCAUGGAGGCCAUCUACGUGACGGGCGUGGACGACAUGAGCACGCAGGACGUCUUCGGGUACUUUAAGGAGUAUCCUCCGGCUCACAUCGAGUGGAUCGACGACACGUCCUGCAACGUGGUGUGGCUGGAUGACGACACGUCCAUCCGAGCGCUCAUCAACUCCAGCCGGAUGCCCGACCCGGAGGCUGUUGCCACGGAGACGGAGAGCACGGAGCAGCCGGGUGACCAGAACAAAGAGGAGGAGGAGGAGGAGGAGGAGGGAGAGGUGGAUGAAGAUGAGGAGGAAACGAAAAAGAAGAGCGGCGAGGACGUGGAAGUGAAAGAUGGCGAGGAGGCGGAGCCAAAGCCGGAGGCCGGUCAGGUGGACGAUCUAUCGGGGGCGGAGCGAGAGUCUCUGAUGAGAAACGACCUGCGACCGGCCGUCAAACCCUUCAAAGGAAACAAGCUCUUCCUUCGCUUCGCCACACAAGAGGAUAAGAAGGAGCUCGGUGCCGCCCGGCGCAGCAGAUACUACAUGAAGUACGGGAACCCAAACUAUGGAGGCAUGAAAGGAAUCCUCAGCAACUCCUGGAAGAGGAGGUAUCACAACCGGCGCAUCCAGAGAGACGUUAUCAAGACUAAGAAGCCUCUGAUUGGAGACAGCAUGGGACACACCCCCCCCUACACUCACCGACACUCAGCCGACUUGGUCAACCUGCCGGAGGAGCCCAUCAAGGAGGAGGAGGAGGAAGAGGAGGAGGAGGAGGAAGGGGAGGAGGAGGAGGACAUGGACUCAGACGACCGGGUGGUGGAGUACAAAGAGAAGGGAGAGAAGGGCUCGCGUUCGCUGGGGGCGGGGCUUCGUAAUCGGGGCGGGCGCUCGCCGUCUCCGUGGUCGGAGUCAGACGAGAUGGACUAUGACCUUGAGCUGAAGAUGAUCUCCACGCCGUCCCCGAAGAAGAGCAAGAAGAUGACGAUGUACGCCGACGAGCUGGACACACACCUGAAGAGCAUCCGGAACCGUAUCGGAGCGUCGGCGUCGCAGAGCCGGACCAAAGCGCCGUCGCCCACCAAAGUGACGGACGUCCGACAGCUGCUGGAGGAGAAGAGACAGGGACACUCUCAGCACAGACAGCACCCCCCGGUGGCCAGCGGCGGGAAGACAGACGUGCGCCAGCGGCUCGGGAAGAGACGCUACUCUCCGGACAGACACCGGUCGCCGUCCCCUGUCUCCUCCCCGAGAGACACGCCCCCAGCCAGGGAGCCAACCAGAGACGUGCAUCGCAGACUGGGCGUGGCCUCAUCCAAAGACAGGAAGUCAGGUGGCCUGUGGAGCCGACUCGGCUCCGGGAACGACGACGACGGCGGCGGCGGCGGCGGCGGACAUCACGAACGCAGAGCUGGAGGCAGCAGCUCGGCCGGGCUCUUCUCCUCCUCCUCCUCCUCUUCACAUCCAGGAGCUUCGGGACGCAAAGACGGCCGAAGCGGGAGGAGACAAGGAGACAGAAAAGGGGAGGGGGAGGACGAGGAGGUGGAGGAGGAGGACGACUCGACGCUGCAGAAGGUGUGGGGCGCCAUGAUCAAACAGAAACAGGAGAGUCUGACGCACAGAAUGAAGAAGAGUCGACUGGACAACCUGCCGUCUCUGCAGAUCGAGAUCAGCCGCGAGAGCAGCGACGACUCCGACGCCUGAAGGAGGAGCAGGAGGAGCAGGAGGAGGAGGAGUUUGUUUCUCCAGUCACAACACAGACGGUCUGAGGAGGUGUGAGGGUUUGUUUCAUUUCAUGUCACUGCAGCGCGUGGAUGGACGUGUUGUUUGUCUCACAUCACAGGUUCAAACGUCCUCAUUCGGUUUCUACACUUUUUAGUUUCCUGGAGACUUUCCAUGAAACAAACAUGCUGUAAAAGACACGACGAGUCCCUGUCCUCAAAUAUCUGAACUCUGGAGCAGCAGAGCAUCAUGGGAAACCUGCUGUGGAUCAUUCCUGUAACAUGGAAACGAGAAGGGGACUCGACCUAAACCCCCGCUGUGUUCACGCCGUCCCCCGAGAAACCGAGAGAAACGAUGACUCUGACAAAAAGAGACGUCGAGAGGAAACUGGCUGUGACAUUUUUUAGUCACUGUGUUUAUCUGCAGUAUUUCUGUCUGGUUACCUGAUCUGUGUUCUUCUUUUUUUAAUUAAACCUUUGGGGGCCAA